AUGAAGAGAGAUAUAGUUGACUUUGUGGCUAUGUGUGGAAAUUGUCAGCAGGUAAAGUAUGAGCACCAGUGGCCUGAUGAGGCCAAGGUUUUGGUAGCUCAGAGUCGGCCAAAGAACUAUGCAGACCGGAAGGUCCAGGAAUUGAAGUUUGCCAUUGGUGACCAGGUUCAAUUGAAGGUUUCACCCAUGAAGUGUGUUAUGAGAUUUGGUAAAAGGGGAAAGUUGAGCACCAGGUAUAUUGAUCCGUUUGAGAUUUUGGACUGUAUCGGUGAUGUAGCUUCUCGGUUGGCAUUGCCGUUAGGCUUGGCGGGAGUUCAUCCGGUUUUUCAUGUUUCGAUACUGAAGAAGUACCCUGCCGACGGUACCUACAUUGGUACAGACUUGUUGCGGGAUUCUUUCGACAAGGUCAAGUUGUUUCAGGAGGGGCUUCUUACAGCUCAGACUGGACAGAAAAGUUGUGCGGGUCAGAAGCGUAUUAGGGAGUUAGCCAAUGAGUUGGCUUUGCCUCCUGGUUUAUUGGGCGUUCACUCCAUAUUUCAUAUUUCGAUGCUAAAUAAGUACCAUUCGGAUGGUUCUUAUGUGAUUAGAUGGGAUUCGGUAAUGCUUGAACAAAUCCUGUCCUAUGAGGAAGAGUCGAUUGCUAUCUUAAACCGGCAGAUUCGCAAGUUGAGAUCCAAAGAAAUUACUUCUGUGAAGGUUCAAUGGAGAGGUCGUUCGAUGGACGAGGCAACUUGGGAGACCCAGUUGGAUAUGACGACUGAGAUAUCCUCGACCUUUUGA